AAGGGAGGGCGCCGCGGCGGUAGAGGCGUGGGCUCCAUCCAGGUGAGGCUGCCCGGGGCAGCAGGGGCCAGAUGUGGAUAACCCGCGGGCACCGGAACUGGACUCAGCUCCCUCGUCACACCGUCUCGCCCUCAACACUCCCCAGCCAGGGGCAUGGCAGCACCGUCCUUAACGUGCCAAGCUAGGAACCUAGGAGUCAUUCCCCCAAAUGGUGCCUAGCCCUGUAUAUACACCCCUGUUGAUUUUAUGUGUUGUACCCAUGUCUCGAGUCAGCACCAUGGUCCAGUCUCCACGCAGCAGGGAGUAAGCAGUCUGCUCAAAACGGAUCUGAUCGCGGCCUUCCUGGUAUGAGACUGUGCAGUGAUUUCCGUUACCCUCAGGAUAGAGCCAAAUUCCUGAGCGUGUCCCGCCCGGCCGUCAGUGGCCUGCAUCCCCAGUGUUAUCUUAUACCACCCUUGGCCUUGCGCUUCAGUUCCUCUCACAUCCUGCUUCCUCAAGCCCAACCCGUGGCAGGUACCAUCCCCUGCUUAUAAAGCUGUCUGCCUCUCCAUGCAGUCAACUCCUCACCCAGAUCUCUGCUCGGUAUUAUAUCUGAAGUCAAGCAGAGGAUGAUUCUUCUUGGAGAACAUGGAGAAUAGCAAGAAAAAGGACCAUACUCAGAAACCCAGGAAGAGGAAAAGGAGCCAGAGAAAGAAAGGAUUUCAUAGGAGCAGGGGGCAUGGGUAUCAACAAAAUCCGAGGAAAUUUCAUGAUGGAAGACAUUGAUGUCAUGCUGGAGAGGUUAAGCAGAAGGUAGUCUUUUCACCAGAGAAAAGCAUUUUCAGUAGAAGGUUGAAAGUUGAAACUUGAAAGUUAGAUUUCAGUGGAGUAGGAAGUGAAAGGUUUCCUAUGAAGAGGAGAGAUGAUCUGUCACAAGUGAAGACAAGAUGGACAUUGUUUUUUAAUUGUAUUUUUGCUUGGACAUUAAGAUGGGAAAACAUUUUAGGUUAAGAGUUUAAAACCCACUGGGUGCAAGUGGCAGAAAACCCAACUCACGAUGGCCUAUAACUGGAAAGUCCAGAGAAGCACUGUACUACACAGACGACACAGCCAUGGCCAGGGCCCUGGUGCAGUCCCUGCUGGCCAAGGAAGCCUUCGACGAGGUGGACAUGGCUCACAGAUUUGCUCAGGAGUACAAGAAAGACCCUGACCGGGGUUACGGUGCAGGAGUCAUCACCGUCUUCCGGAAGCUCCUCAGCCCCAAGUGCCGUGAUGUCUAUGAGCCUGCCCAGGCCCAGUUUAACGGGAAGGGCUCCUACGGCAAUGGCGGUGCCAUGCGGGUGGCUGGCAUCUCCCUGGCCUACAGCAGCGUCCAGGACGUGCAGAAGUUCGCCCGGCUCUCGGCCCAGCUGACUCACGCCUCCUCCCUGGGCUACAACGGUGCCAUCCUGCAGGCCCUGGCUGUGCACCUGGCUUUGCAGGGUGAGUCAUCUAGUGAGCAUUUCCUCGAGCAACUUCUGGGCCACAUGGAAGAGCUGGAGAGUGAUGCCCAGUCCAUCUCGGAUGCCAGGGAGCUGGGCAUGGAGGAGCGUCCGUACUCCAGCCGGCUAAAGAAGAUUGGAGCGCUUCUGGGGCAGAACUCAGUGACCAGAGAGGAGGUGGUAUGUGAGCUCGGGAGAAGCAUGCCCAGCUGUGCAGCCAGCCUGAGGUUUCGGGACUGUCGGGAUUCUACCAGGCUGCAUUGGUCCAGGUCUGCUGUCCCCGUCCCCAGAGCCAGGGACAGAUCCCUAGCUGCUGAGCAUGGCAGGCUCUGGGGCACGUGUUUUUUGCCCAGGACAGCUCCCUCCCUUCCUUCAGCGUUGGGCCUGGCACUAGCCCUGCCCUCAGGAACAAAAGGCCUGGCACUAGCCCUGCCCUCAGGAACAAAGAUUCAUGAUUUCAUUCAUAAUUUGUAUCAGAUGUUGAAACUUGGCCCUUGGGAUCCUGAGCCAGCUGUCAUGCUCCACUACCCCUGAGAGCUUGCAGGAAUGUUUCAGGGAAGCUUAAUUGUCUCCCCCAGCUCCAGCCACUGCCUCACUUUGGUUUCUUAAAAUGCUUCUUGGCAUUUACUUGGUGCAAAGCCUCAGCAUCUUUGGUGCAUCAGGCUUUUCUGAUGUAGUGGUGACAGAACCUGUGGCUGGGGAACUGGAGAGGAAUGUAUACUCCCAAAGAGAGAGCUCCCAG